UCCGCCUCGCGCUCGUGCCCCCCUCGGCUCCACGCGCGAGAGCCGCUUCUGAUUGUAGCUUGACCAUGUGACUCGGUUUCCGUCGCCAGCUUCCGUGAGGCAUCAGUGGUUCAGAGCGGAGGAAGGCAGCUGAAGUUCACACAUGAGAAGGCGCUCGGUCGGAGCGUGCCACCCAGCAGUGGGUCAGAGAUCAACCGUCAGUGCGGCGCCUGGCAGAUUCAGCCUGAACCAGCGGCUUUGUCAAUAGCACCUGAUGAGAACGUCAAGUGUGUUGUGAGUCGAAUUCCAUCUUUUCUGGAGCCUGAACCUGUGAAGUGACUUCCUCAUUCAACCAAGGAUGUUAAAAUGCUGGUCCACAUCCUUACCCCCUUCCUGUUGUGCCUAUUAUCUCAGUGGACGACGGUGACGCCAGUCCUGAGUCUCCCACUGCAGAGUCCCUGUCACUUGAUACAAAGGACGGCUUUGUGCAACAACGCCCAGCUGUCCUCGGUGCCGGCGGACCUUCCAGGCAGCACUGAAGAGCUUCAUCUGAACCACAACCAAAUCCUUACACUACAGGAAACCUCUCUGCUCUACUACCCCUCAGUCACUACCAUCAGUUUAGUCUCUAACGGUCUCAACAAAAUAGAGCCAGGCACGUUCCAACACUCAGGUUCGGUCGAAACACUCAACCUAGCCAGAAACAAUCUGAAGACGGGCUACCGUGCCACCAGCGCUGCGUUCAAGACUCUUCCCAAGCUCAGGUUUUUGGACCUUUCUGAGAACGAGCUGGACGAUGAAAAGGCGGCCGACCUACUACAAAGCCUCUCAUCUGUGGAGUACCUCAAUCUUUCAGGGAACCUCUUGAGCAGGCUGGACGAGACCUCCUUCAUGGACCUCCACCAGCUCAAAGAACUGGACCUGCAGUGGAACAUCCUGUUUGAGAUUGACACGGCGUUCGAUAGCAAUCCCAAACUCCAGCGACUCAAUCUGGCCUUCAAUCGUCUGCCCUGUCUGACCGACUUCCACAUGACGGAGCUGGUGGUCCUCAACGCCAGUCACAACGCCAUCGAGUGGUUCAUUUCCAGACAAGACCUCAACGACACCUUCCAGCUGGAGACGCUGGACCUUUCUCACAACAAGCUGUUCUUCUUCCCCUUCCUUCCGAACGCGAGCCGCCUGCGGAACCUUCACUUGUCCCACAACAGCGUCAAUUUCUACGAGCACCUGUCAGACAACGUCACUUUCCCAAACACCACCAGGACAAUCGAGUUUUACAACCUGGACAGAGGCAUGACCAACAUCACUGCCGCAUUAUGGGAUGAGGGUCUCCAUGGUGACGUGUCGUCGGUUGAGAUCUUGGACCUUUCAGGAAAUCAGGUGCAAUAUUUCCCGCAGGCAUUCAUCCAAAAAAUGCCCAGGCUGUUGCGACUACGAAUGUACGGCAACUGCCUUGAAACGCUGAAUCUGACUUCGGAGCGCUUCUCUGAGCGACUGUAUGAGCUGGAUGUGAGCAACAAUCGGCUCAUCUGGAUGGACGCCAACGUCCCGACUCUGAAUUCCCUCGGAAAUUUGACAUAUCUCAACCUGAGCUUCAACAGUCUGGACAGGAUAUCUGCAGGAUUGUUUCACCACCUUUCAAGUCUCAGAUCAGUGGAUCUCAGUUACAAUAGCAUUAGCAUCUGCCAGUCAGAUGCUGGCGCGGACAUCAUGUCUCGGUGUGUGGAUUGGAGGACCUCUUCCUUGAGGCAGAUUUACCUGAAGGGCUGCAACCUCGAGCAAAUUCCCGCGUCAGCGUUUUCUGGGUUGUUGCUAACGCACUUAGACAUGUCUGAUAACCCUGAACUCUCCGGGUUACAAGCUAUAAAGUCUGUCAGCAGGACUUUGCAGUACUUGGGGUUAGGAAGAACUCGCAUCACAGACUUCGACUUCACCGAGUUUCACAGGUUAAAGUCUUUAAAUAUUUCCGGAAACGCUCUUGUGGAGCUUCCGUCUUCACUGAUGAAGCUCCACCUGGAGUUGCUGGACCUGAGAGAAAACCAGCUGAGCACCAUUCCCUUGAGUCAAGCCCAUGUCUUAGCCCCAAAACUUCAGACCGUCUUCCUGACUGGCAAUCCCUUCAACUGUUGCCAAACAGAAUGGUUCAGGACAUUUGAGGGGGCAAUGAUUAAUAUGGUUGGACAGUCCGAAAUCGAAUGUCAAGACCUUUUUGAAACACGCAGAGUGGUGAACUACAGGUCAUUCGUGUGUAAUGAGGAGGACGACAACGACGCCAUGUGGUACGCCAUCCUUCUGGUGUCGCUCUGCAUCAUCGUCCUCAGUAUUUCAACGGUCGUUCUACUCACUCUCAAACCACAAAUUGUACGAAAACCAGUCGCAAAGAAAUGUUUUAAACCAACGUCCUACUGAAACGUCCUGCUGGGUCAUUUUGACUAAACUGCCCUUUGUGUAUGUGUCAUGAGCUCUCAAAAAAAUGUAUUUCAAAAGAUCAAAGUCUCAAUGUGGUUUGAAUAUAAAUGCAGCACUUAGCAGUCAUUUUCCCUCUAAGGAAAGAGACAAUUUCCCCUUUAAAAUGAGUCAAAAUCUCUUUUUUUUCAGUAUCAUCAUCAGGCGCUUGACACUUUACCGUCUUUUUAUUUUAAGUAUUAAAUAUUUUUAAAUAUAUCAUGCCGGUAAAACUUGCAUGUUCUGGCUAUUUCAAAGACACUGUUUCUUUAAGUGACAUCACAGACAGCAGAUGACAUUGUCAACGUGAUAAAAGAAAGUGAACUGUUAAAAUACUCUUUAAAAACCUAACCUAAAAUUAGAGGUUUAGCUACAAACUGAGGUGAAAACCCUGCAGCACUUUUGUGACUUGCUAUUUUACAGUUUUUCUCGAUCGCUUUGGUGCGUUUCUCAGAUAAGAACUGAAAUUUUGAUAACUACUUGUUCACUCUGUCCGUUUGUCUAUGCAAAAUGGUUGAUCAUGUCAUUUGUCAAGUGUAUUUCGAUACAUUCCCAUUAGACUUUUCCCCUAAAUCUGUCCAAAUUGUUUUAACUGCUCCCAGGUGACUUUCUCUAUUGAAAGGAAAACUGUGAAGCAUUAAUAUAAGUGAGGAACCUUCUCAACAUCUAGAUGGAAAGUAUAUGAUCCUCAGUGACACACACACACACACAGAUGAUCAUCUGGCUAACAUGGAUGCUGCAUAUGAUGACAUCACAACAGAUCCCUGCAGAAGCUGGAUGAGACCCUCUAAAAGAUGCUUCAUCAAAGAUAUUUCUCGAGAUGUCUACAGUCUACAGGAACUUCAGGAGGUGUAGUAAGACUGGAGCACUACAUGUACAGUUCCCCCAUAAAAGACUGUCCGUUGUUCAUAUUUCUACUUUUACUCUCUUUUCCUUUCUGCAUCUGUGACGUGGUUUGUCAACCGUCAGUCUCUUGCUAUCUCCCACAUAGACUGAGGUGUAAUAUACAAGUGUACAAACUUUUGUCAAAACUAUAUCCAUCCUUUACAUCAAAACAUCUCUCCACCGUCACUGCUAUACUGACAACACGACGAAUCAGUUUGACUGCCACAAACAAUAACACAAGGACUUGACAUUCGGACCUUGACACAGAGAUUUGGAGAGAUGGACCAAGGAUUUUGAGCAGGAGACGAGAUGUUGCAGGAAAUCCAUGGUGCACUUUCUGUUUUGCCAAUUGCAAGAAUGAUGGGAGAAAUGUACCAAAGCGACGAGUCUUUAGCUCCUUUUAUUAAGUUGAGAAAUUACAGGAAAACAUUGAAUAUUGCGACAUAAAUCUAGACACUAUGUCUUAAGUGGAGUAGAACAAGACACUUGGGUCACAAUAUAAAAAAAAAGAGUCUUAGGUUUUCUGGUCAAAUGUCGUACAUAAUGCUAAUGCCUUCUAAAAUGUCUUGUUCUGGAAAGCAAAGAAUGUUUUGUCACAUUGUAAUAAAACCCACAGUGACAUGCCACAAGCCUUUUAACAUCGAGCGAGUGCAUCACUUGCUUAUGGUCUGUGCCCUCAUGAGUGACAUGCGGUUCAAAACCAGAACCAAAUCCAGGUUCUCCCCUGCGAAACUGUGGCUGUGUGUUUGUGGUGUUGGCGUGAGAGUCGAGGUGUGCAAAGGUUCGUAUGAGAAUAUGCAGAAGUGGUGUGAAGCAAGCUGUAGCUAUAAGCAGGAAACGUGAAAUUUCCUGUUUUUCUGAGAUGUGCUGCAACUGCCCGGGUCUGUAUAUCUCUCUGCAGAGGGGGUCUGAUUUCCUUCCUCACAGAGAUGCACACGCCACACUCAACGCUAUUGAUGACUUUAUAAGACGCGUUCACAUUCCAUAUUCCAUUUUCUUCACUUCGCUCGAGCCAGCUUUGAAAGUGUUGAUAUUACAGUGGUAUCUUAGCAACACCCCGUGUGUGUGUGUGUGUGUAUAGGCUUGUAUAGCUAUCCUUGUGGGGACUGAUUUUUGGAACCACAUCUACUUGUGGGGACAUUUUUUGACGGUCCCCACAAUUCCCAGCCUCAAUAUGAGGAUGAAAACAUCAGAAUAACAGGGUCCUGGUUAAGGUUAGCCAUUUGUUUACCAUGGUCAGGUUUAGGGCAUGAUGGCGAUGAGCGGUCCCCACAAGGAUAGAGAGGAUAGAGAUACAAGCUCACAUGUGUGUGUGUGUGUGUAGCAGCCCAAAUUUUCAUCGUGUGCGCAUGAAUCUAACCGAGCAUGCAACCAAAAUACCGCUGUGGUGAUGCUCAUGGUAACGGUGGUUGGAUCGUAUAAAAA